CGGGGCCCGCUGCCUUUCCUUGCUGUGGUGCGUUUUCCAGCCGAGCCGUCAAGCCUCUGCCCCUGCCAGUACUUGCUGGGCUUCUUCUCCUGUGGCAUCGAUGUCACAGGUCACAAGGGGGCCGUGGGGCAGCAUUCACCUCGCCGCUCCCAUCAGUGCCACUCUGGGUACCCAAUGAUCCUCCCAGCGAACCAUUUGGUGAUGCAGCCUGGUUCGGGCCAUCGGAGGGUGCACUAUUCAAGAUAAAACACCAUGAAAGAUACAGAAAUAAAGAGACUGCUAUUUGCCCACAUAGUUUGUGUAUUUUCCAUUAUCUUAACAACUAUUGUUCCACCUCUCUUCUUGGAGAACUUCUCAGUUUUGGGAACACACCUUAUCUGGCUGUGCAUCUGUUCUAUAUGUGUAACUACUGUAAAUAUAAUAUUGUAUAUAAUACUUAAACCAAAUCCGUCUUCUAAGAGAAUUUCACUUGCUCACAAGAUAACCAAAUUUCUGAAAUGCUGUGUGUUCUUCUUCAUAUCAUGUAUAUUGUUUCAUGGAAUUAUUGUUCUUUAUGGAGCACCACUAAUAGAGUCAGUGCUUGAGACAUUCCUGUUUGCAGUCCUCCUAUCUACAUUUACUACUUUACAUUGUUUGUGUAUUCUGGGACCAAACAUCCAAGCUUGGAUACGGGUGUUCAGUAAAAAUGGAGCUAUGUCCAUCUGGGAUAAUAGUCUACAGAUUACAACAAUGUGUAGCAUAGUGGGAGCAUGGUUUGGAGCAUUUCCUAUUCCCCUGGAUUGGGACCGGCCUUGGCAGAUAUGGCCCAUUUCCUGUUCCCUCGGAGCUACCUUUGGCUACGUGGCUGGCCUCAUUAUUGCACCUCUGUGGAUAUACUGGAAUCGGAAGCAGCUUACAUAUAAGAGCAGAUAACUGGGGCAAAGAGAAAGUAUUUCUUUGUGCAGAUUCCAUAAAGACUGGACAGAAAUGUUUGUGGUCAGACCAAGAGACUACUGAAAUCAAUUCAAUGUUUUUAGGUCGAGUAUUUCCACUUACAGCAUUAUAUGCUGCUGUUGUUGCCUGUGCUAAACUUCUUAACCCCUGAGAAAUUGUACCUUACAGUUCAAAUAAAGUAUUUGUAAAAGA